UUGCAGGAUCACUUACAGAACGGACGUAUUGACUUUAGAGCACUGAAGUUCCGGGUUCUUGAUGAGGCCGAUGAAAUGUUGAAAAUGGGUUUUGUUGAAGAUGUUGAAUUUAUUCUAGGCAAGGUAGAAGAUGCCAGCAAAGUACAGACGCUUCUUUUCAGUGCCACUUUGCCACCAUGGGUUAAGCAAACAUCUGCAAAAUUUUUAAAACCGGACAAGAAGACUGCUGACCUUGUUGGUAAUGACAAAAUGAAGGCUAGCACCAGUGUAAGGCACCUUGUUCUUCCUUGCUCUGUUUCAGCUAGAUCUCAGCUUAUUCCUGAUAUCAUUCGCUGCUACAGUAGUGGUGGUCGCACUAUUAUUUUCACUGAGACCAAGAAUUCUGCUUCCACACUUGCUGGAGUACUUCCUGGAGCUCGUGCUUUUCACGGUGAAAUCCAGCAGACUACUCGUGAGGUUACACUUGCUGGAUUUAGAUCUGGUACAUUUUUUACUCUUGUAGCUACAAAUGUAGCGGCACGAGGAUUGGAUAUUGAUGACGUGCAGUUAAUUAUUCAGUGUGAGCCUCCUCGUGACGUGGAGGCAUACAUUCAUCGGUCUGGGAGAACAGGGAGAGCCGGUACUGUUGGAGUUUAUUUAAGAGAUGGAUUUGCUCUGCUUUUAUCAGGGAAAAGUGGUGUUGCUGUGAUGCUUUAUGAAUCCCAAAAGUCAAAUUUCUCUAGGAUAGAAAGAGAAUCAGGUGUCAAGUUCGAACAUAUAUCUGCUCCACAGCCAGCUGAUAUAGCAAAAACUGCUGCUGCUGAUGCUGCAGAUAAAAUAAACGGGAUAUCAGAUAGUGUGAUUCCUGUAUUCAAGGCUGCAGCUGAAGAGCUUCUAAACUCUUCCUAUUUAUCCCCAGUUGACUUACUUGCUAAGGCGCUGGCCAAGGCUGCUGGCUAUAUUGAGAUCAAGACUCGUUCGCUGCUCACUUCUAUGGAGAACUAUGUUACUGUAAAACUCGAGUGUGGAAGACCCGUUUCUACUCAAUCCUUUGCUUAUGGAGUUCUGAGUAGAUUUUUACCGGAAGAUAUAGUUGAGUCAAUCAAGGGUGUUGCCCUGACUGCUGAUGGCAGGGGAGCUGUGUUUGAUGUGGCUGUCAAUGAUCUCGACACUUUCCUUGAAGGCCAACAAAAUACUGCUGGUGUAAGUCUAGAAACGGUAAAAAGUUUGCCGGCUUUGAAAGAAAGAGCAGAGUGGAGUGGAAGAUUUGGCGGCUCUUCCAACAGGCGGUUUUCUGGCGGGAGAGGUGACAGAGGCAGAGGAAGGGGUUAUGUUGGAAGAAGAGGAUGAGGCAAUAACAAUAACUGCAGAUACUGAAAAUACAUACUUCUGGCUUCAAAAGGUUUAACUGGUUGGAGAGUGAAAUUAUUUUUAUUUCUCCAAAGGGGGAAAAUUUCUAACACAAAACAUAGUUCUAAUACGUAUUAUUUUCGUGCCUUUUUCUUGAUGUCGUGGCCUUUUUUCCCAUGCCUCAUUUGGUUUCCAUGAUUAGGAGGGAUUCCACCUAGUGAUUCUAUUAUCCCUUUUGUUUAGUUGCUUGAUUAUGUGAUUUCAUGGGACCUGAGAUUUGUGAGGAUAUAGUCAAGGAAAUGAAGAUAAGUAAUCCUCCCAAUAGUGGGAUGAAAUCAUGGUGGAUUAUUUUGUAAAGUCACAAAAGUAAUCACGGAUCACACCCCCCGCCAGUGGCUGUCUUGCCGAGCAGGGCCACCAUUUCCAUAAGCCAGCCAUCGUUAGGGAUUUUUUGAAAUUAAAGAAAAUU